CUAUCCCGAGGAUAUGGAGGAGGAGGAGGAGGAGGAGGACGAUGAGGAUGAUGCGAGCUACUGCACCGAAAGCAGCUUCAGGAGCCACAGCACCUACAGCAGCACGCCAGGCAGGCGAAAACCCAGAGUCCAUCGGCCUCGAUCUCCAAUAUUGGAAGAAAAGGACAUCCCGCCUCUUGAAUUCCCCAAGUCCUCUGAGGAUUUAAUGGUGCCUAACGAGCAUAUAAUGAAUGUCAUCGCCAUCUAUGAGGUACUGCGGAACUUUGGCACCGUCUUGCGGUUGUCCCCUUUCCGCUUCGAGGACUUCUGCGCGGCACUGGUGAGCCAGGAGCAGUGCACCCUGAUGGCGGAGAUGCACGUUGUGCUCCUGAAGGCCGUCCUUCGGGAGGAAGACACCUCCAACACUACCUUCGGACCCGCCGACCUCAAGGACAGUGUCAACUCCACACUCUACUUCAUAGACGGGAUGACGUGGCCUGAGGUGCUGCGGGUGUACUGUGAGAGCGACAGGGAGUACCACCACGUCCUCCCGUAUCAGGAGGCCGAGGACUACCCAUACGGACCAGUCGAGAACAAGAUCAAAGUCCUGCAGUUCUUGGUCGACCAGUUUCUGACCACCAAUAUAGCCCGCGAGGAGUUGAUGUCGGAAGGGGUGAUCCAGUACGAUGACCACUGCAGGGUUUGUCACAAACUGGGGGAUUUGUUGUGCUGUGAGACGUGCUCGGCCGUCUACCACUUGGAGUGUGUGAAGCCGCCUCUCGAGGAGGUGCCCGAGGAUGAGUGGCAGUGUGAGGUCUGUGUAGCACACAAGGUGCCUGGCGUGACUGACUGUGUUGCUGAAAUCCAAAAAAACAAACCGUAUAUUCGACACGAGCCCAUCGGAUAUGACCGAAGUCGGAGGAAAUACUGGUUCCUAAACCGAAGACUCAUAAUAGAAGAAGAUACCGAAAAUGAGAACGAAAAGAAAAUUUGGUACUACAGCACAAAGAUCCAGCUUGCAGAAUUAAUUGACUGUCUAGACAAAGAUUACUGGGAAUCAGAACUCUGCAAAAUUUUGGAAGAAAUGCGUGAAGAAAUCCACCGGCACAUGGACAUCACGGAAGACCUGACCAAUAAGGCCCGGGGCAGUAACAAAUCCUUCCUGGCGGCAGCUAAUGAGGAAAUCUUGGACUCUAUUAGAGCUAAAAAGGGUGAGAUUGAUAUUGUCAAGAGCCCAGAAGAAACAGAAAAGGACAAGAGUGAGACUGAGAGCAGCUCCAGAGAUGCCGAGAAAGGCAGGGAGGAGCAUGACGACCAGUCCCUGGACAAGGACAGCGAGGACCAGACACCUGCCGAUGAUCCUGAGCAAGGAAAAGCUGAGGAGCCCACAGAAGUUGGGGAUAAAGUUAACUCUGUGGCAGCAAAUCUUGGCGACAACACAACCAAUGCUUCUUCAGAAGAGACUAGUUCCUCCGAAGGGAGGAGCCCCGUGGGGUGUCACUCAGAACCCCCCGAUAGCAGCAACAUGGCAAAGAAGAAGGUGGCAUCUGAGCUCCCCCAGGAUGUGCCAGAAGAACCUAACAGGACAUGUGACAGCAGUAACACUAGUGCUACCACUGCCUUCAUCCAGCCUAAUCUGGAAAACAGUAACAGCAGCAGUGAAGUAAAUCCCUCCCCGAGUGACUCUGCUAAGGCAGCCGAUGAUCCUGAUCAUGGAGAAAGAGAGCCACACACACCUGUCUCUAGUCCCGAAGAGAUAGGUGAUUUCAAGUUAGAGAAGUCUAACGGGGAGAUCGGUGAAUCUCCGGGAUCUGGGCGAGGAGCAGCUGGUUCAACGCGGAUCAUCACCCGGUUACGGAACCCAGACAGCAAACUCAGUCAGAUGAAGAGCCAGCAGGUGGCGGCUGCAGCCCAUGAAGCUAAUAAAUUAUUUAAGGAAGGCAAAGAGGUACUGGUAGUUAACUCUCAAGGAGAAAUUUCACGAUUGAGCACCAAAAAGGAAGUGAUCAUGAAAGGAAAUAUUAAUAAUUAUUUUAAGUUGGGCCAAGAAGGGAAGUAUCGUGUCUACCACAAUCAAUAUUCUACCAAUUCAUUUGCUCUGAAUAAGCACCAGCACAGAGAAGAUCAUGAUAAAAGAAGGCAUCUAGCCCAUAAAUUCUGUCUAACACCAGCAGGAGAAUUCAAAUGGAAUGGUUCUGUGCAUGGCUCCAAAGUCCUUACCAUCUCUACUUUGAGACUGACUAUCACCCAAUUGGAAAGCAAUAUUCCUUCAUCCUUUCUUCAUCCCAAUUGGGCUUCUCACAGGGCGAAUUGGAUUAAGGCAGUUCAGAUGUGUAGUAAGCCCCGAGAAUUUGCACUGGCUUUAGCUAUUUUGGAAUGUGCAGUUAAGCCCGUUGUGAUGUUACCAAUAUGGCGGGAAUCUUUAGGGCACACCAGGUUACAUAGGAUGACAUCGAUUGAAAGAGAAGAAAAAGAGAAAGUGAAAAAAAAGGAGAAAAAACAAGAAGAAGAAGAAACAAUGCAGCAGGCUACCUGGGUCAAAUACACAUUUCCUGUUAAACAUCAGGUUUGGAAACAAAAAGGAGAGGAAUACAGAGUAACAGGAUAUGGUGGCUGGAGCUGGAUUAGUAAAACUCAUGUUUAUAGGUUUGUUCCUAAAUUGCCAGGCAAUACUAAUGUGAAUUACAGAAAGUCAAUAGAAGGAACCAUAAAUAAUAUGGAUGAAAAUAUGGAAGAAUCCGAUAGAAGGAAAAGUCCACGAAGUCCCAAAAAAAUAAAAAUAGAGUCUGAUUCCGAGAAAGUUGAGGUCAAAGAUUCCGAGUCCGAAAAAGGAAUAGACCAAAAUGAAAUGGAGAUUUCAAGGAUUACUGAGAAGGACCAAGAUGUCAAAGAAGUUUUGGAUUCUGACAACGAUAAAUCCUGUAAGGAAGAACCAAUGGAAGUAGAAUCCCAUAUAAAUUGUCAGAAAGACACUCAAGUAGAUGUGGUUAAUGUUAGUGAGGGUUUUCAUCUAAGGACUAGUUAUAAAAAGAAAAUUAAAUCCUCCAAACUAGAUGGACUUCUCGAAAGGAGAAUUAAGCAGUUUACACUGGAAGAAAAACAGCGCCUUGAAAAAAUGAAGAUGGAAGGUGGGACUAAGGGGCUAGGAACACCCUCUACAAGUUCUUUGAAAAGUCUCCCUGAGGUAUCAGGAACGAUGAAAACAAAAGAAGCAUGUCAGAGUGAUGGACUUAGACAAGAGACAAGUCCUGACGCUGCAAGUACUGAUAAAUCUGAAGACGUGACCCAGGAAUGCUCACAGAGUGAUUCCUUGGUUCUUGGAGUCGGUAAUUCUGAUCCUGCAACAAAUAAACAUUCUCUGAAAGAUCAAAUGCUAGAUGAUGGUUCCAUUCAGAAUCCAGAAACAAAAUGUCAGAAGCAAAAUUCUGUUGAAAACGAAAUGGACUUGAGUCCCUCAGAAACUGCCAGUGCAGGUCAGGAUUCUAUAAACACGAAAACAAAAGGAAGUGGCCUUCUCAUUGAGGAGGACUCGAAACUAGCCAGCACCAAUGAUAUCAGUACUUCGAUCUACAAGAACAAAAAAACACUCCUAGAGGAAGAUGUCGACACCAUGGUUUCUCCUUCCCAGAGUCUUUCUCCUUCACUUCAAUCAAUAGCUAAAAGUACUGGUGACAGAGAUACCCCACCUCUGUCAAAAGCUGUGGACUCAGAAGGAAAACUGGGGUGUGACUCUGAAUAUAACAGCACUUUGGAAAACAGUUCUGAUACCAUGUCUGUUCAAGACAGCAGUGAAGAAGAUAUGAUUGUCCAGAACAGCAGUGAGAGUAAUGCUGAGCAAGCUUGUGAAGACAUGCAGCCGUUGACGCAACAACUGGUUUCCGAGAAGCCCACUGGGAACUGCGCUGACAGGCUACAGGAUAAAGUAACUGAGGCAAAUGGUCAGAAGCUCGAGGAGAAACCAGUCAACAAAUGCAGUGACCCAGUAAACCUCAAAAAUCUCGCCGACAGAAAGAGCUUUGAACAUCAGGAAUCUGAAAGGCGAGGCCAGAAAGCUAGCACCUUUCAAGUAAAUGGGAGAGAGCACAAACCUAAAGGGUAUUUGAAAGGAGCCCCCGAGAGUAAAGAAGUGAGUUGUGAUGUUGAACCCAAGAUUAAUAACAUCAAUAAAGCUUUCCCUGACAAUGAGACGAAGACUUCGACCAUCAAAGAUGAUGCUGUGAAGCCUUUCAUGAAUGGUGACGUGGUCAUGGAAGAGCUGAAUGAAAAUAACAACUUAGAAACAAAACUGCGAUCAGCAGGUGGCGAAGGGGACUCCCGAGAGAGUCUCGAACCUGUGCCUCCUGGUAGGGAGUCUGGGAGUGAGCACCCCUCCAUGCCACCGCCACCACCUUCUUGUGCCACCAAUCAGGAGGAAGAUAUGGAAGUGGACACCUCAGAAACCAAGAAAACAAGUCCAUCUCCGGUUCCGUCGGGAGAGGAAUCAAACCUCAGCAAUGAUUUCAUUGGUGAGAACGGUCCACUUAUCCUCAAGGAUGAGAAUGUCAAUGGAGAACCGAGGAGGAAGACGGUCAUCACCGAAGUCACCACCUUGACAUCCACGGUGGCCACAGAAUCCAAGACUGUCAUCAAGGUCGCCAAAGGCGAUAAGCAGACUGUGGUCUCGUCCACAGAAAACUGUGCCAAAUCCACCGUCACCACCACCACCACCACGGUCACCAAGCUGUCCACACCGUCCUCGGACAGCGGUGUGGACAUUAUCUCCGUAAAAGAGCAGAGCAGAACAGUGGUCACCACGACGGUGACUGACUCGCUGACCACGGCAGGGGGCACGCUGAUCACAUCCAUGACCGUAAGCAAAGAGUACUCCACGAGAGACAAAGUGAAGCUCAUGAAGUUCUCGCGGCCCAAGAAGACGCGCUCAGGUACUGCUCUGCCAUCCUAUAGAAAGUUUGUCACUAAGAGCAGCAAGAAGAGCAUUUUUGUUCUGCCUAAUGAUGACUUAAAAAAAUUGGCCAGAAAAGGAGGCAUCCGAGAAGUCCCUUAUUUUAACUAUAAUGCCAAACCCGCCCUGGAUAUAUGGCCAUAUCCUUCUCCUAGACCGACCUUUGGUAUCACUUGGAGGUACAGGCUUCAGACCGUGAAGUCCUUAGCCGGAGUGAGCCUCAUGCUGCGGCUGCUGUGGGCCAGUCUGCGGUGGGAUGACAUGGCUGCCAAGGCCCCUCCAGGAGGGGCCACCACGCGGACAGAAACAUCUGAAACUGAAAUCACAACAACCGAAAUUAUCAAGAGGCGAGAUGUUGGUCCUUACGGCAUUCGAUCUGAGUACUGCAUUCGGAAAAUCAUUUGCCCCAUUGGAGUUCCAGAAGCACCUAAAGAAACACCGACCCCUCAGAGGAAAGGCCUUCGAUCCAGUGCCUUGCGGCCAAAGAGACCCGAGACACCCAAGCAGAGCGGCCCUGUCAUCAUUGAGACCUGGGUGGCCGAGGAGGAGUUGGAAUUAUGGGAGAUCAGGGCCUUUGCUGAGAGGGUGGAGAAAGAAAAAGCCCAGGCCGUGGAGCAGCAGGCCAAGAAACGACUGGAACAACAGAAACCGACAGUCAUCACCUCUUCGUCUUCCUCCCCAACAAACAGUACAACUAGUACCAUGUCCCCUGCACAGAAAGUGAUGGUGGCCCCCAUCAGCGGCUCAGUGACACCUGGAACCAAGAUGGUGCUGACCACUAAAGUGGGAUCUCCGGUAACAUUCCAGCAGAGCAAGAAUUUCCACCAGACCUUCGCUACCUGGGUUAAGCAAGGCCAGUCAAAUUCAGGCGUUGUUCAAGUCCAGCAGAAAGUCCUGGGCAUCAUUCCGUCGAGCACCGGUACGAGUCAGCAGACCUUCACUUCAUUCCAGCCCAGGACUGCGACAGUCAACAUCAGGCCCAAUACCUCAGGAGCCACAGGAUCCACGAGCUCUUCCCAAGUCAUCACAGGGCCUCAGAUCCGGCCCGGUAUGACGGUGAUCAGAACCCCACUCCAGCAGUCACCUUUAGGGAAGACAAUUAUCCGGACACCAGUGAUGGUACAACCAGGUGCUCCUCAGCAGGUGGUGACGCAGAUCAUCAGAGGGCAGCCUGUCUCCACUGCCAUCUCUACCCCCAACUCAGUUUCUUCGGCCCCGGGGCAGAAGGGAUUGACAUCAGGAGCACCCACAGGAAGUCUGCAGUCCUCAACCUCGCCAGCCCCUCGCCCACAGCAGGGGCAGGUGAAGCUCACCAUGGCACAGCUCACUCAGUUAACACAGGGGCACGGUGGCAAUCAAGGUUUGACAGUAGUAAUUCAAGGACAAGGUCAAACUACUGGACAGUUGCAAUUGAUACCUCAAGGUGUGACUAUACUUCCGGGUCCAGGACAGCAGCUGAUGCAGGCUGCGAUGCCAAAUGGCACUGUUCAACGAUUUCUCUUUACCCCGCUGGCAUCAACCGCCACAACAGCCAGCACAACCACCACCACCGUUUCCACUACAGCAGCAGGUACCAGUGAACAGAGACAGAGUAAAUUAGCACCCCAGACACAGGUGCAGCCUGGGAAGACCCUGCCACCCGCUCAGUCACCGGGCUUGAGUCCUCCAGAAACCCCGCUGCAGCCUGCCCAGCCUUCAGCACAGCCCCAGCCCCCAGCCCAGUCCCCAUCCCCAGCCCCGCCGGAAGCUCAGACUCAGCCUGAAGUUCAAACCACGACAGCCUUGGCCUCCCAUGUUCCUUCUGAAGCACAGCCCACCCAAGCACAGUCAUCCAAACCCCAAGGGGCAAUACAGUGUCCGCCUCAAAGCAGUGUCCAAGGACAGUCUCCUGUUCGCGUCCAGAGUCCACCACUGACUCGAGUCCGUCCGUCAACUCCAUCCCAAGUGUCUCCUGGACCGCAAGCCCAGGUUCCGCCCUCAGCCUCACAACCGAUUCCAAUUCAGCCACAUACAUCUCUCCAGAUACCUUCCCAGGGCCAGCCACAGUCACAACCCCAGGUACAGUCUUCACCUCAAACUCUUUCUUCAGGACACACGUUAAAUCAAGCCACUGUCUCAUCCCCGUCCUGUCCUCAGCUCCAAAUACAGCAGCCACAGCCCCAAGUCAUUGCUGUGCCUCAGCUGCACCAACAAGUCCAGGUCCUCUCCCAGAUCCAGCCGCAGGUUGUGGCUCAAAUACAGGCUCAGCAAGGUGGUGUGCCCCAGCAAAUCAAACUCCAGUUACCCCUUCACAUUCAGCAGAACAGUCGUGUGCAGGCGCACCAGAUUCAGAAUGUGGUUACAGUGCAGGCAGCCAGUGUGCAAGAGCAGUUGCAAAGGGUUCAGCAACUCAGGGAUCAGCAGCAAAAGAAGAAGCAGCAGCAGAUAGAAAUUAAGCGGGAACACACCCUCCAAGCUUCUAAUCAAAGUGAAAUCAUUCAGAAACAGGUGGUGAUGAAGCAUAAUGCUGUCAUAGAACAUUUAAAACAGAAGAAAACCUUGACUCCAGCCGAAAGAGAAGAGAAUCAAAGAAUGAUUGUCUGUAACCAGGUGAUGAAGUAUAUUUUGGAUAAGAUAGACAAAGAAGAGAGACAGGCAGCCAAAAAACGGAAGCGCGAAGAAAGCGUGGAACAGAAACGGUGCAAACAGAAUGCAACCAAGCUCUCCGCUCUGCUCUUCAAACACAAAGAGCAGCUCAAGGCGGAAAUCCUGAAAAAGAGAGCACUACUGGACAAAGAGCUGCAGGUAGAAGUGCAGGAAGAGCUCAGGAGAGACCUGAAGAUUAAGAGGGAGAAGGAGGCUGCGCAGGCCACGGCCGUAGCCGCCCCCACUCCCGUUCCCGCAGCGCCCCCUGCGCCUCCCGCCCCACCACCUUCACCCCCUCUGCCACCGCCCCCACUGCAGCACGCAGCGCCCCUAGCGACGGCCACGGCCACGGCCACGAUGCCCACCGUGGCCCAAAAGCGGAAGCGGGAAGAGGAGAGAGACUCCAGCGCCAAAGCCAAGAAGAAGAAAAUGAUCUCGACUACCUCAAAGGAAACCAAGAAGGACACGAAGCUUUACUGUAUCUGUAAAACGCCUUACGACGAAUCCAAGUUCUAUAUUGGCUGUGAUCGGUGUCAGAAUUGGUACCACGGGCGCUGUGUGGGCAUCUUGCAGAGUGAGGCAGAGCUCAUUGAUGAGUACGUCUGCCCGCAGUGCCAGUCCACGGAGGAUGCCAUGACUGUGCUCACGCCACUGACAGAGAAAGACUAUGAGGGGCUAAGGAGGGUGCUGCGCUCCUUACAGGCCCAUAAGAUGGCCUGGCCUUUCCUUGAACCUGUCGAUCCCAAUGACGCACCAGAUUAUUAUGGGGUGAUUAAGGAACCUAUGGACCUUGCCACCAUGGAAGAAAGAAUACAAAGACGAUAUUAUGAAAAGCUGACAGAAUUUGUUGCAGACAUGACCAAAAUUUUUGAUAAUUGUCGUUACUACAAUCCAAGUGACUCCCCAUUCUACCAGUGUGCUGAAGUUCUUGAAUCGUUCUUUGUACAGAAAUUGAAAGGAUUCAAGGCUAGCAGGUCUCAUAACAACAAACUGCAAUCUACAGCUUCUUAAAGUUCAGCGUGUUAAUCUAACAUAAAAACACGGCAAGAAUCUGGUUGUCUGAACUAUUUUAAAUUAAGGAGCCAGAUGUUUUCAGUCAGGUAAUCCUGACAGACUGACCUGAACUGCUUUGUUACUGGUCAUGACAGCUCAGUUAUAUUUUGGCCAAUUUUGUCCAGCGGACAAGGGAAAAAGCAAAGUCAACGAUACCAUUAUCUUGUCAAGAUCAAAUGGUUUUACUAUUGUGGCAGAAGCGGGGGAAACUUUGUUACUGAAAAAAAAAAAAAGAAUGCAAGAAAAAAAGAUAAUAUGGGGUCAAGUGUAACUCCAUGGAAAUGCCACAUCUGCUCUUCAGUGAAGAAGCUGGUUAGAGUCUCACCGGAAACUUUUGACUGUAUUUAUUUAUUGUUGCAAAACAAACAAAAACAAAGACGCUUUUUUAUCGCUGCCCUCAUUUGUCAGCUAAUUAUUUUUUCUUAUAAAAUCCAGCCCCGGUUCCACGUAAUCCAUUCUGUAUCUUAUCAUGAUUCCUGUAGGUAAAAGUACAAGACCACCUCUCGGUGUCUUUUCUUUCUAUGAAAGGAGCUGCUAUGUACACAUGUGCACACAUACAUGCGCACGCGCGCGCACACACACACACACACACAAACUGGGAAUCAACAAUGAGCUUGUUGUUCACGGUAGAUCAAAAUUAACGCUUGGAUAAUGGUUGGGCUCUGCCGGUCCUGGACUCGACUCCGCUGCCUUGUCUAGAAUAGUCCAGUUUGUCACUUACUCUGCACCAGGCUCAAAUGAGGAAAAUCUAUUUGAAGGUAUCUUGUUUGUAAACAUUUGUCAGAUUCUAAUUUUUUUUCUUUUUGUAUUAAAAAUAAAAUUCAACUAUGGAUGUAUAUGAAACGAAAUAAAUGGAGAUCCUCUUUCUCCCACAGAUGGUGUCUGUGAAUGCGCUAAUGAUUAUCUGUAAGCCUUUGCGGGGCAAGGGAGGGCUGCCAGGUAAAUGGAAGGAAGAAGAACUUUUAUUGUACCUGGGUUUUUCCAGGAUGCUUGUUGGCCCUUUGUUUUUAUGAUUCCUAACUAUUGUCAUCAUGUCUGCAGGGGUGCUAAUCCUGUCAUGUCGAUUGAUUCCACUAAUCAAAAUAGGAAAUGCAGUAAGGCGUUUCGUUCAUCUGCUCGGUGUCUGAUUGGAGGCAUAUGAUCAGUUACAGACAGUUUAUCUCAUGAAGGGCAUUUUUUUUAAGAUGACUUUAUCCUUUAUGUGUAUGUUUUUCCAUGUAUUUGUGGAGUUGUUUGGGGUUCCGCACACACACACACAUUUUUUUUUAAAUGUGUAAGCAGCAGAAGGGGAAAAUGCAAAUGGUGGAGAUAUGUUUUGCAUGUUUUUCCCUUCGGCAUUCUAACCUCACACAUGUCACUGAAUUGUAAUAAUAGCUUCUAUAAGAUCUGCCAUAAUUGGUUUUUGCAGUUUUGCAAAACUUUUUUAUUAGAUUUUUUGCACUAAUUCCUGUUAGCUUUGUGCCACCGAGUUCUGGAAUUAAUCUAAUUACUGCUUUUUAAAAAAUUAUGUUUCCUUCUGUCUACUAUCACCCUGCUAUGCAAAACCUUUCCCAAACCUUAGUUUCCUAAAAAGAUCACCAUUCCAGCUCCCAAUUCUUCCUUAUUCCAGCUCAGGCAUGCAGGAUACUCUGGUUUGAUUCUACCUACUGAAGGCCCUUUCCUUUUUGUACUUAAAAAUGGCACCUCAAUCUCUGCUUAACAAGUACUAUAAAACUGAUAGCUCAGUAUGGAAACACUUUAAAAUAAAUACUAAGAUGGAAGUAGUCCAAAAUAGGUUAUUCUGUCCUCUUAAAAAAAAAUCCCUGCUAAUGCUCUGUACUCAUCCAAGAAUUGGAUAUUCCAAUGAAUCAAGAUCACAUCUCCUCACGCCACAGUAUUUCUGUAGAGAUAGAGGUGCGCUGGGCUUACUCAUUUACAACUUGUUGCAGCAACUUUUCUUACUGUAGGCAAUAGAUUGCUGUGUUUUUAACAGAUUGUGACAAAUUCUACGCAAUUCUUUUUGUACGUAAUAGGACAUUUCAUCCUAGAAAAAAUAAUGU